UUGUUUCCAAGACUAGUUCGACCAUACUGAAUUCACAGCGUCUGUUAUAUUUAAGCCACCUUAUCGCAAACGACAAGCCUUUUUCAACACACUGCCUUUUUACUCUUUACUCACAGCAUGCAACUUGAUUUACACAGCAGCCAAGGGCAUAAGCAAAUAUCGCGAUUAAUGGAUGAUCUUACAACGUUCUACAUAUUUGAUUAACAUCGUUGAGCGGUAUCAGUGAGUGCUAAUCCUUGCGUAAAUAUUUUCAAGACAUAGUCCUACCUAAUACAAAUAAAAACGAUAUGGAUGCACGCAAAUUAAUAACCACUCAGUCACCUUUAGACACGCGAUCCACUCAGUAACGCAGAGCUUCGUCGCGCUUUAGACAUGUCUGCACGCGCAACUAUCGCAGUAUUUAUCGUCCUCGUUAUUGGCGGUUUCAACGCGCCUCCAGCUUUGGUGCAUUCCGCACGUAUUCUUGGUUUCUUUCCAUCAGUUUCACCAUCACAUCUUUUUAUACAUUGUGGCGUCGCGAAUGCGCUUGCCGAGGCCGGACAUAAUGUUACUGUACUGUCUUCGACCAAGAAUCCUUACAAGUUGACGAAAUACAAUUACAUACAAUUGGAUUUACCGCUGUUUCCAAAGGAGUUCCUAAGUCGUUUGGUUACAAAAGAGCAAUCGUUAAUCGCACGCUAUCCAUAUUUCAUUAAGGAGGUAGCAAAGUUGGCAAAUCAGUCUUUUGCCAAUCCGCGUUUGCGGCAAUUUCUCGCCACACAUGGCGAAGGCAGCUUCGAUCUGCUCCUUUUGGGUUACUUCAUGAACGACUUUCAUUUAGGUUUGGGUGCGCACUUUAAAGUUCCAGUUGUGGUCUCGUUUAUGGUCCAACCGAUUUUCGCCGUACACAAUUUGGUUAAGAAUCCAAUAGAGUCCGCCUAUGUGCCGACUUUGUUCAGCGAACGCAAACAACCGUUGAGUUUUUGGGGACGAGUGGAAAACUUUAUCGUAGCCCUGUUUGAAACAUAUUAUAUGACCCUCCUGGUGGAAUGGGAAUCGCAAAAGUAUUAUCAUUACAACUUUCCGUCGGACCGUUAUCCACCACUCGACGAAGUGCGCAAGAACGUCUCACUCAUUUUCACCAACCACCAUUUCAGCCAAGGACCCAUACGUCCUAAUGUGCCCAACCUAAUUGAAAUUGGUGGCAUACAAAUCAAGGAAAAACCCGAUCCUCUACCAACCGACAUCGCUAAAGUUUUGGAUGAAUCUAAAGAAGGUGUUAUCUACUUCAGUUUAGGCAGCAACAUAAAAGGCUCCCAUCUGAACGAGGAAAAAAUAAAGAUAAUGUUCAAUGUUAUCUCAAAACUGCCUUAUAAGGUCUUAUGGAAAUGGUCGCCAACCGAACUACCUGGCGAAUCGAAGAACAUCAUCUUCCGUGAUUGGUUGCCGCAGGACGACAUACUCGCGCACCCUAACAUUAAGCUAUUUAUCACACACGGCGGCAUGGGUAGCGUUGUGGAGUCACAGUAUCAUGGUGUGCCCAUGGUAGGCAUACCAUUAUUCGGCGAUCAGCCAUCGAAUAUGGUAAAUGUUGAACGCUCCGGCUACGGUCUCGCCGUUGACUACUUAACAUUGACAGAGGAGAGUCUAAACAAUGCCAUACAGGAUGUACUCAACAAUCCCAAAUACAAAGAGGCAGUGCAAACAUUCUCACGUCUGUAUCGCGAUAGGCCGAUGACACCGCGUGAAACGGUUGUCUAUUGGGUGGACUAUGUACUGCGACACAAGGGCGCCAAGCAUAUGCAAUCGCCGGCAGUUCAUAUGAAUCGUUGGCAAUUGUUAUCGCUCGACGUAAUCGGCUUUCUGCUCGCGAUCGUCCUCACCAUUUCGGUAGUGAUCGUAAAAGUAUGCAAACUCAUUUGCUGUCGUGGAAGGAAAAACAAAUUGCCAAAAGUGGAAAAGGCAAAGCAGAAUUAGUGUACACAGGUAAUGUAAAACAGAGAUAAUAGCUCUGUUGAGCUGAAAGAGAUGCGAAGUCGACAACGGAUAGAAGAUGAAGAUGAUAGAAGGUGUGGAAAGUAACAAUGCCAAAUACGCUUAACAAUGUAAAUAAAGGCAUUACUAUUUAGUCAUUUAAGAAACGGAUGCAGUGGCCUUAAGAUUUUAGUACUGUGUAUUUACAACGUAAAUACAUAUGAAAGUGACAUAUAUAUUAUAUACUUUAUAUAUGUGAUAUAUGUAGAUAUAUUUAAGCGUGAAUGCACUUUCAAAGGUCUCUCCCGCAUUUCCUCUCAUAUACUGAGAGAUAAGAGCUGGAAGUGUGUGUGAUGAGAUGAUAAAAUUAAGAUUAAGUAUUCACUAUGAUUUAAGCACUUGCAAAGUAAUAAAGUUGAAAUCAAAAUAAAAA